AUGAGAGGUAAGCUGUCAAACAUGGGCGACGGAGCUGGGUAUAUUCAAAGCGAUGAGUUGGCUGUCUUUUGGACACGUGGUGCGGAACUGACAGCGCGUAUGGGUCUUCUGAUGCACCAACUCCAGCGCGAGCGUGGGUUGAUGACGCUGCAUGUUGCUGACGCAUCAUGGGGCGCACAGUGUGCUCAGCGCCAGGAUCAUACACGCUACGAUGAUUGUGCAAAUUAGGUCUCUGGCAAAGCAGCAUGCAGUGUCCACAGCAGCGUGGGAAGAGACAGUAGCGUGGUUGCAAUCAUUUCGGACUAGUGUCCCAGAGGUCAAGUUAGCUCUGGGUCACGCUUCACGUCCGUUUGGCGAGCAAGUGGGACAAGCAUCUGGUGAGCAUUCAAACCCAUUGUCGCAGAGGAGCUGUACAUCACGUUUUGACUCCGCAGAAGCGGCAUGGGCCAGAGCCAUGAUUGAAGUGGAGAUGAAAUUUGCCAUGAUGAAAAAAGAUAUAGACUCCAUUCGACAAGUUGUCUUGGGAGGCCAUGUAGACCAGCGGCGAUAUGCUGAUGUAGCACGCAGCUAUUCCGUAGUCCUGCGACGAUUAUUGGAGCUCCAUGGCGCUGUUGUUCUGCCUCGUAGCAAUAGUAAAUUGCUAAGUUUUGUUCACAUGCUUUUGCGUCUGAAGGAAUAUGCAGGUCUUCAGCGUGCACUGACCGCCGGGAUGCUAGGUUUUAGGCUGGCAACAAUCCCGCAUUCUGAGACAGUAAGGUAUGAUUCAGAUAGACCCACGUGCUCUAUUGGUGAAGGCUGUCCUCAGUCAUCGAGCUUAGAGCUGCUUCCAGGACGAGAUGAGCUUCGGGCUGCCAUUGCUAUAUUUUCAGAGCUCAAGGAUAACUGCAGCGCCAUCCGCUGCAUGUUUUUCCCCGAGGAUGAGCACACAGAGGCUCUAAGCCGCCUUGCACGCCACGUGAGAGAAAUACUAAAUGCACGGAAUUUUGAGGCAGCAACUCGUGCUCCCGACGACAUCGUAAGUCUCCACUGCGCCUUGCUCGGGAAUACAUGGGCCAUAAGUCCAUGGGGAAAUGAGGGCAAUAGGAGAGCGCACAUUGACUAUUUACCUGCUGCCCUUGGCCAAAGUGGUUGUGUGUUGAACCAAGCUAAUGCCGUGCAUCUUGACCCAGCGAGCCUUUGGCAGCUCAUGACAGAUUGGAUUGACAAGCUUCAGGUUGUAGAAAUUGCGGCGCUGCAUCAUGUUCUUCCUCCCGACAUCUACGAAAUUCUUUACGCGUCCCAGCUCCGUUCCCACGGAAAACCAACAUGGACGAGACGUGGCAUGUCCCCUGAGGAAAAUAGUGAAACCGAGAGAGAUAUCAAAAUUGAAACAAAUACGCAAAAUUUGACAGCAGAACAGUGCAAUCACAUGUUGCUAGUACCCCGCUCAUCUUCGCAUUAUUCUGCGUUCUCUCCUCUUCCCCGAGAGCACAAUAUUAGCGCAACUCGAACAUGGGCGGGAAUGGAUGCGCAGCAGGGGCUUAUCCAGGUCAGUGUGCAUGAUAUCACCUUUGGUCAAGUUCUAGGAAGUGGUUCAACUGGUUCCACUCAUCUUGCACUCUGGCGUGGCCAGCAUGUGGCCAUCAAGCUUGUACUGGCGAGACAAAUGCCCAAUGGCGUACCAUCGCAGGCAGCCCAGCAACUCGUACGCGAAAUAUCGACUCUUGCAACACUCCGUCACCCUAAUUGUGUACGCAUCCUUGGAAUUGCACGUGCCCCGCCUGUCUCUUGCGGUAUCCUACUCGAGUUCCUCGCUGGCGGUAGUGUUGCGCAACACUUGCGCUUAGACGCACGGGUUGGUGAAAAUCCCGAUAUGACGGGCCCACCAUUCAAAACUAGAUUGGGCAUCAUGCUUGAUGUCAGUCGAGGCAUGGCGUAUAUACAUGCCAUGGGCCAUCUGCAUAGGGAUCUCAAACCAGACAACAUCCUUCUUGAUGCGGAGGGCGCGGCAAAAAUCUCAGACUUCGGCCUCUCAUGCCUCCACACGUCAAAAACAUUGAGCGAUGAACACACAGGAGGAACCGGCACCCUCCGAUGGAUGGCGCCAGAGGUCGCUCAACAUAGGCCUUAUGCAUAUCCGGCAGAUGUAUUUUCCUUUGCCAUUUGUGCUUGGCAGCUUGCCCUCUGGGAGCCGAGGCCUUUCUCAAAAUUCUCACCAGCUGAAGCAAUUGCGAGGACAAUUGCUGGAGGUCGUCCUUCGCUUGAUCUUCUCCGACAGAAGGACCUACCGCUCGCCCAGUUGAUUCAGCGAUGCUGGUCUGUUGCACCUUUAGAACGUUGCACCUUUGGAUUGAUUGUUGCUACCCUCGAAGCCAUU